UUUUAUACAGACAGGUGGCGCUUUGAUCUGUUAUGAUCCUUCUUCACGAAACAUUAUUUUAGACUGUCUAGUAUCUUUUUCAUAGGCCACUUCUGCUAUGAAGAGUGUAUAAAUAUUCCAUAUGAAUACCAUUAAACAUGUUUGGAGAAUAUGCUCAGGUAGCCAGUUAUUUUGGUCAGACUGAGGCUGUUGAAGGAGAUGGAAAUAUGUCUUAUCCACCAUCUUAUUUAUUACCAACAUUUAAUGCUGCUAAUCCAUGGCGUAAUGAACAAAAUAGCAAAUACGGAACACAUGAAGAUUUUAUUAUUAUAGCAGAAUUCUCAGAGAUAGAGGGACCCAAACCUUUGUUGACAAUUCCUAGUGAUGGUGGACAUGGUUUUGACCAUAAUGCUUUCUCUGUUAAAAUUAUGGCAGUUGAUCAUCAAACAAGUACAACUGGAUUUAGUAUAUCAGAAGAUACUCAAGUUAUAUUAACAGAUUCCGGAGAAUUUCAAGUGUGUGCCUUUGUGCAUCAUUUUGCAUUGUAUGAUCAUGAAGCUAGAGGAUUUGUACGACCGUUCUGUAUGGCUUAUGUUACUAAAGAAGAAAGAAAGUUAGUGAAUUUCUAUGAAGAGUUUUCUUCACAAUUUCGGAAGGUGGCUCAGUUUUUCAAGUAUGGCAACAGAAUGUGUUUUGUAAAAGACUUAGAACGCUACUCUAAAGACUUAGAAUACACAAAAGGUGUUCUGAUAGGACGUUUUAACAAGCCUAUGCCUGAGCAAGGAUGUACCGAAGAAGCUAUUUAUAAAGAUCUACAACACAUACAAUCAUCAUUAGCUGAAAUAAGAGAUAUUCUUGAUAUUCUGAGACCAUUACUAAAUGAUAAGCGACUAGAAAGUAGGUUUCAUACAUUAGAAUCAAGGGCAUGGCGAGAAUCUAAUAAAAAAGAUAAAUUAGAUAGUUUGAGUUUACAAGAACAGUGGUUUACAGAACAUGGUGAUCAACCAGCAUCUAAAUAUGGGUCUUUUAAUGAUGCUCCUGAUAAUCCCCUUCAUUUGUUUGAAAAAAUUCAUGCAUAUUCACCUAAACUGGUAGAGAUGAAGAAAAAAAAGAAAUUUGAUAGGACUUUAAGAGGUCUGCAUGAACUAUGUUCAUGGGGUGCUAAGGAGGGAAUGAAGAAGAUGCGAUGGAUUUAUGAGCAUUUUAAAAGAGAAGCAAUGAUUUUAGAGUUAGAAAGAGAAGAAACUUCCUUAUUAGAUCCUUCAACAUCAGUUUUGUCAUGUGGACAAUGUAUAACACAUAACUUUUUGUCAGGUUUAUCACUUCGACCAGCUGAUUGCCCAGCUUUGUCUUUUCCAGCAGAAUUAUUACAGAAAUGGUCUUCAAUUGACACUCUAGAAGGUUCUGUUGGUUCGUUUAAAUCUGUAGUCAGUGAAAGUUCAUUAACAUCAGCUCAAUCUAAUGACAGUUUUAUGCUAGCCUCAGAAGGAUUUUGUGAUGAUGAUACCCUGUUUACACCACCAUUUGAUGUUGAUAAAACUUCACCAAGUGUUGUUAGAGCUGAUAGUAACCUGAGUGGUAGUAGUUCAAUGACAGAGUCAGACACCAUGCCUAGUGUGUAUGAAUCAUGCUCCAAUUCUCCAAUGAAAACACCUGACAAAACAAUCAAUGAAGGCAUAACACUGGAUAAUGUUGAAACAAGUAGCCUGGAAUACACUAGUGAUCUACAAGAUAACAACAGUGUGAUAACAACAGAAUCAGGAAUCACAAUAACUACUUGUAACAGUGAAAGUCAAAAUACAUCAGAAAGUGAUUCUAAAUUAACAGACUCAUCUGUAGAUAGUACACCGGAUACAGGCCAGAUGAUUAAUGGUGUAUAUAUAGAUCCACCAUCCAGUGAUGAAAAUUUACUACGACAAUACUCAGAACCAGAUGAUACUACUGAUACAACUCCCAGCAGUGAAGGGACAAGAUUAAUCAGAAAACCUAGAGGUGGAAUUUAUACUGUUGGUGAUUUACUUUUUAAUUUACGAUAUGACAGUUCAGGUAUUGGUGUAUUACAAGUAUUAAAUAAGUAUAAUAAUAUACAACAUAUUAUAUACAGUAUAUUGACUGGUAGAUUAGUAUUGGUUGUAGGUCAAGCUAAACAUGAAAUGGAAGUCAUUAAACUAGUCACAGCAUUAUGUCUUUUUCUUCCUAAUCACAGAAGAAAACACCAUGCUAUAGUAGAAUGGUCAUCUAAGCCGUUUAGAUUAACAGACUUACCUAGAAUUAAAAUAGCUGGUGUAUGUAGAACAGAAAAACGUUCUAUAGAAUCAGUUGUUAAAAAAUAUUGUAGUAUAAUAGAUGUAGAUAAGAAAGUAAUAAUAGCUCCAACAUAUCAGGGUACUCUAAUACAUAGUAUAAUAUCUAAAAAGAAAUGUUUUAAAACAGAUGCAGAUUUUAUAGCUUUUACUCAUUGCUGGUUCAUGGAGAUAGCUGCUAAAGCAUUUAUAUUUUAUCAUUCCUUUUGUCUGGGUUCGACAAAUAUCAUUAGUCAUCAUUCCAGUGUAGCAUGCCAUAAACAACAAUACUGUAAUUCUGUUAAAGGUUUUAUUACUAAACUUGGUAUACAUGAGGGGGAUUCACCUAUUAUAGAGUAUUUUGCUGAAAUAAUUAAAUUAUUGCAGAUAGAUCAGACCUCGCUUCCUAUUGAUGAAGGUUUUAAAGUAUCACCAGUAACAUUAUCCUAUCAGUCAUGUCAAAUGUUCAGAUGUUAACUGCUGUAAUAUAUCCAGAACAAAUUCCUGGAAUCUUUAUAAGACAAAUAGAGUGUUGGAAUGUUUGUAAUACUCAGUGUUGAUAGAUUAUACAUGUAUUGACAGUAGAACUGUUAUAAAUGCUAGAGUUUAUCUGAUGAACACAUCAUCUUUAAGGCUAGUAAUCCAUACCCUUUUUUCAUCAAAGUGUAGUUGAAGAUUUUUUUCAUUUGCCCAGUAUAUUAUCACUAGGACCGCUAAAGAACCACCUCCCCAUCAGGAAUACAUGUAUAUAAAUAUAUGAGUUUGAUGGUUUCACUGUCUGUGAAAUGUUCACGAAUGGUUUAGUUUGGAAGACCAUACCUUUGAAAGAUUGUUAGAAUCUGAAAUAGUUUUUGGUGAUUGAUGUUCAUGGGGGUAUGAGAAUAAUAGUAGUGCCAAUCUGAACAUGGACCUUAGACCAGAAACAUGACACUAUCAACUGUAGAUCAACAUUUUGCCUGCUAUCAAUGGACAUAACUAUUCACACAAAUCAUCAACUGCACAAAUAAAACAACAAUAUAUAGAUUGUUUCAGUGUUGUAGAGUGACUGGUAGCAGUGCUGUAAUGCUGAGUGACCCAGGAGUAUUUCACCCACACACAGUAGACCUCUAACUUCACUUUCUGCACCUGCAUAAAAGGGUUAUUGCCAAUACCGCCAUUAGAAUCAGCUGGGAUAUGCUAUUAGAUCAUCUAUCACACAAUACAUCUAUUAUUAUUUGAAAUGUGUCUCGGCCCUUCUGAUGAAAUUUGUUGACCAAGCAUGUAUGAAAGAGAUUGACAACAACGUAUUUGUCAACUGAUGCUCUUUUCUGAUGGGCAUUUUACAGCCUUUUUUCUGGUAGAUUGAAGAAUAUACAUCUAUCUAAAGAACUGUCAAUGGAAAAGUGUGACUUUAAAAUCUGAACACAGUUUUGCUUUACAAUGUUUCCUAAUAUAAUUUAGUCUAUCUUCUUUGAUGGUCAGCUUAGUGGCACUUGUAAAUGCAUAGUACUCUUGUGUGCGUGGUCCUUAAGGAAAUUAUUGUAUCCAUCAAAGUUAGGACUCUGUCUUUUUGUUAGUCUAACCCUUCAUCCCGAUUUUGUUUCCAGAGAAUUUCUCAUUCACUGUUCAAUUAUUUUUAUGAAACUUUGUACAAACAUCAACCUAAUAGUAGCUGUGCCUGCUGGUAAUUAGAAGUUUCUUGGAUUCAAUAAUAAAAACAAGUUUGACUUAGUUUUAACUCUCUACAUUAUUAUUGGCCGGAGCAUAAACCAUUUAAGAUAUAUUUAUGAAACUUUGUAUACAUAACAAUCUAUUAUUUAUAUUAAUUAUGCAGUGUGCAAAUUUGUAAAUUCUCAGUUGAAUAAUUCUUGUGUUUCUAUGGUAUGCAAUCAUCUAGAACUUUUGAUACUUGGGUAGUGUACCAAGGGUUAUAGUAAAUUAUGUGCAUUAUAAGCAGGUUGCAUAAAUGGGAUAUCUAUACAUUUGGCCUGUCCAACCUCGUGGGUUUUCUCCGGGUCCUCCGGUUUCCUCCCACUGCUAAAGACCCCUACGCGCAAGUGAAUUAUUCAAAUAAAAUUAAACCAUGUGUUAGUCCAGAAAUUACCUAGUUUGUGUCGAGUGGACGUUAAACCUCAUUUCUCUCUCUCUCUCUCUAUACAUUUGGCUAUACAACUUGUCUAUCCCUGUAUCUUAGAAACAUGUCCAGGGGUGCUCAAUGUUCAUGAGGAAUUGUUGUUAUUAUUAUCCUCCUGGUAAGUGCAAUACUUGCAGCAUGACCCGUAGCUUUACUCGCAAGAGUAUCAGUAAUUUCAUUACACAGUUUUUGCCACUAUAUUAUAUUGUACUAGACUCAAAAAUAGAAUGCAUUUGAAAAAGUAAAAAAUUGAGGUCAUAGACCAGAUUAAAAGAAAAAAAAAUCAAAAUAUUCAUGUAAUUCUAUUGUUAUUAAAUUUGGUUUAAGUGUGAAAUUUAUAAAAAAAACUUAUUAUAUUAUCACUAUUGUUGUUACUAUGAUUUUUGCUAAAAUAUUAUAUUUAUUUAUUCCUGAUAUAGUGUAUACAUCUUAAAGGUUAACAUUCAGUGACAUUAUUUUUCUAGUCAAAUCUUUUAAAAUAAUUUAUUUGUUAUGUCUUUGAAACAUUUGAUUUAUAUGUCUUUGAAACAUUUGAUUUAUAUGUAUAUAUCAUGAAUUUAGCUUAAUUUACAUGGUGCCAUAAUAUCAUAUAAUUUUGAAUAUUUAGAUUACGGUCUGCAGUUCGGUCAUUCUGCAUGUAGGCUUCAUAAUGUGUAAUAAAGAUAUAUUCAAAAUC